AUGAUCGAGAGAUUUCAUUGCACGCUCAAAUCGGCGCUUAUGUGCGCCCCGGCUUCUUGGCCUGACGCACUUCCACUCGUGCUUCUCGGCCUUCCGAACGCCUUCAAAGAGGACCUUCAGGCUUCGCCAGCGGAGAUGGUUUUCAGCACGCCGCUGAGGAUCCCCGGCGCUUUCUUCGCGCCGUGCAGCUCGCCUGUCGACCACACCUCUUUCAUCAGCCGUCUUCGGUCCCUCAUUGGAGCCCUGAGUGCCACGCCGGCUUCUGACCACUCUCGACGUCGUCCCUUCUUCUUCAAAGACUUGCGGACAUGUACGCACUUCUUUCUACGAGUGGACACCGUCAGAAGACCGCUUGAGCAGCCUUACAGCGGACCAAAUCGGGUCCUUCGCCGCAUAAAUGACAAGGUCUACGCCAUCGAGGUCAACGGCUCGGAACGGACUGUCUCAACGGACGCCUUAAAACCAGCGUACCUCGACACAUUUGACGCGCUAGCGCAGACAUCUGCUCCUGCUUCGUCGUCCUCUUCUCGUCCUACGGCUGCUCCCAGACCUCCACCUACGGUGCAGACCUCGCCUUCGACCUCCAGACCUGUCAUCAGCUCGCCACCAGCAUCUUCAACCACCGCCACUCGGUCACCUCCGGCGACCUCCAGCAACGUACAACUUCGGAAACGUCAUCGACCGAACAUYCUCCGGAGAACCUAG